AUGGAGAGGGAGACCCCAGAGCCUGGACCCGGAGAAGAGACCCCAGACCCAGAGAGGGAGACCCAGCGCCCGGACCUGGAGAGGAGACCCCAGCGCCCGGACCUGGAGAGGGGGAGCCCAGAGCCUGGACCCGGAGAGGAGACCCCAGACCCAGAGAGGGAGACCAGCGCCCGGACCCAGAGAGGGAGACCCCAGCGCCUGGACCUGGAGAGGAGACCCCAGACCCAGAGAGGAGAACCCCAGCGCCCGACCUGGAGAGGGGACCCCAGCGCCUUGGACCCGGAGAAGGAGACCCCAGCACCUGGACCUGGAGAGGGGGGCCCAGUGCCCUGGACCCGGAGAGGCAGACCCCAGAGCUGGACCCGGAGAGGACCCCAGCGCCCGGGCCCGAGAGGAGACCCAGCGCCUGGACCGGGAGGAGGAGACCUCAGAACCUAG